UGAGUCCAGCUUGUCCUCCAAUUGUAUACCUUCAUUGUUUUGUUUCAAGUAGGGGAAUUUCCUUACAUCAUAUUUACAGCACUGAGAUAGGCCUUCAAAAAAGUGCGGAUCAUGAUGCCAUAAUACCACUUUCAAUGCCCCUCUUUUUUGAGUGUCCGAAUAACUUGCCUUCAGUACCCAAUUGGAUUAAAGAAUAUGUUGUUAUCAUCGUAAUUAUUGCAAAGAAACAUUUGCAAUAAUUAAUCUGGGAAAGUUCAACACUGAAAAUGUAUGGCAAACCCUUGCCUGCACUCCUGAUAAGGUGACCUUCAAUGUCAUAGCUGAGGAAAUGCCCAAAUAAUCACAUUUUAUGAACAAUAUCAUGAAAGUAACUUGCUUCAUGUAAAUUGAGGAACAUCUAAGCUUUAACAUGUACUACAAAAGAGAAUGAUCAUUUUCAGCCUUGUUGAGCUGAGCUGCAGUGGUGAUUCAUAAUUUAGACAUGGCUUCCUCGCAAUAAGAGGUUUCUGUCUGCUAAACAGUCAAGUGCAAACAGAAAAGAAUUUGACUGGAUGUCUGUAGAUUUGACACGUGGAGAAACUCUUCCAAUUCACAUUAAUAUAACAUUUCCUUCCUUACCUUGUGAUGUUUUGAGUGUGGAUGCAAUUGACAUGUCAGGCAAGCAUGAAGUGGAUCUUGAUACAAGCAUAUGGAAACUUCGCCUGAACAGUUAUGGCCAUAUCACUGGCACUGAGUAUUUGUCAGACCUUGUAGAAAAGGAACAUGAAGCUCACAACCAUGAUCACAAUAAAGAUCAUCAUGAGGAUUCCCAUGCAAAACAGCACACGCAUGGCUUUGAUGACGCUGCUGAAACUAUGGUCAAGAAGGUGAAGCAAGCAUUGGCAAAUGGAGAAGGAUGUCGGGUUUAUGGGGUUCUAGAUGUCCAAAGGGUUGCUGGCAACUUUCAUAUUUCAGUUCAUGGAUUAAACAUUUUUGUUGCCCAAAUGAUUUUUGAUGGAGCUAAGCAUGUCAAUGUAAGUCAUAUUAUCCAUGACUUAUCAUUUGGACCAAAAUAUCCUGGAAUUCACAAUCCUCUUGAUGGGACAAUACGGAUUCUGCAUGAAACAAGUGGAACAUUCAAGUAUUACAUCAAGAUUGUUCCAACCGAGUACAGGUACAUCUCCAAAGAAGUUUUGCCAACUAAUCAAUUCUCUGUCACUGAGUACUUUUCUCCCAUGACUGAUUUUGAUAGGACAUGGCCAGCCGUUUACUUCUUGUAUGAUUUGUCACCUAUCACUGUCACAAUCAAAGAAGAACGGCGUAGUUUUCUUCAUUUUAUCACUCGGCUCUGUGCGGUUUUAGGUGGUACUUUUGCUUUAACAGGAAUGCUAGAUAGGUGGAUGUGCAGGCUUCUUGAGGCUCUGACUAAACCUAACCCUAGAAGCGUACUUCGAUAAAUGUAAUGUGCACAUGGCUAGUGUCAAUUCAUAUGCGACUCCAAGGGAUUCUCCAUGCAAAGCCCAUGAAGUACCCAGGUUUCAGCACUAGAUGUUGAUUUGAAAUUGCUGGUGGAGAGUUAAAAGCCAGGGCAGCCUUUGAUAUCUGUCCAUUUUUCAUCUCCAUUGUUAGGGUGGUAACUGAAGGUUUGUUAAAUGCUUGUAACACUAUUUUUAAAGCACACAGCAACAUUAUUGCUCGAGGGGGGGAAGUAUGAAGGUUUACAUGUGGGAUUCUUUCCAGGCGCACAGUUUUGAUUUAUUCUGGCCUUUAUAGAGUUUAAAUUUUUGUUCA